UUUCAGACGUCACAUUUGCGUGCAACAACGUACCAUAACAAUGCCCGUCAAGACAACCGAAGUCUAUAGCCGACCAAUUUGGAAACAUGUCAGUACACCGUGUCAGCCGCAAACGCAUGCAAAUCAAAUGUGCACACGCGUCCAGUUGGUGCACGAACAGGCCUAUCGCGAUGUCAUACGUCACAAAUCGGCGCAACAGGUCAUAUACGAUUGCUGUACGGGUUGGAUGCGUGAAUCACCGCAUGCGGAUGGUUGUAUGAAACCUGUUUGUAUGGCCCGUUGUCAAAAUGGUGGCACCUGUAGCGGUCAUGACUCCUGCACUUGUCCAGCUGGUUUUAGUGGACGUUAUUGUGAAACGGAUAUUGAUGAAUGUAUAGAGGAGAAACCCUGCGAUCAAACGUGUAUCAAUACAGUGGGCUCAUAUUAUUGCAAAUGUCGUGAUGGCUUCACAUUGCAAGCCGAUCAGCAGAGUUGUAAGAAAAAUGAUUUACACAAGGACGAUGCAUUCGAGGCCAGAGACUUGGAGAAUGAAAUUGAGCCACAGGAAGAUAUCACAGCACGAUUGCAGAAAAUCGAAAAACAAUUAGCCAAUGAAAAGGUGCAAGCGAAUGAAUUGCAAAAAACCCUACAGUCCACAUAUACAAUGGUCGAUUCGUUAAAGAAUCGUUUAAUCAAUUUGGAAAAACAACAAAUGGACUUUCAUCGUUUACAAACGAAUCUCUAUAACACGGAGUCGCGUACAAUGAAAUUGGAGGGUAUGGUGAACCUGUUAAUGAAAUGUCGAAAUAAUGUGGGACCAAAUGCCCAUUGCCCUUAAGUUGCCGC